AUGACCACCAGUGUGUCGCCUAGGUCUCCAGUUGCUGGUGGCCCUCCUCCAACAGCCAGUACCACUGAAAGUGGUGACUGUGGUUUUACCAUUCGACUAGUGAACUCGGACGGCGACUCUGAUGCUGAUCUAGAUCUUGAUAUUGAUGCCCAAGACGACUUUGUUACGAUUGAUGACUAUUGCAAAGACCAACGGGAACAAGACCAACAAUCACAACAACACCGUCAGGAUAGCGCCGUCGAGCUGACCUUUUCAGAGAUCCCUACCGAGCUGCUACAGUUUACCUUUGCCAACAACGAUAGCGACAGUAGGCCUGAUACUAGCUCCAGCGCUUCCACUAACAAGAAUACCAAUCACAUUCACAACUCUGAACGGGACCAUCGCCUCCAACCCGACUUCGAAGCGCCCACCACCUCCUCCUCAACACCAGGACAAUCCCACUUCUCGACAGACGUCCUCCUCACUCCCGAUCCAACCCCUCCCGGUCUUCGCGCCACUCGAAAACCUUCACCGGGUCUUGCUGCGAGAUUGAAGGCUCUCGGCUUCGGCGGUUCCCGCAAACCUGCAUCCCCGCCCCAGCACCGGGAUCUCGAGAUUGGCAAACUUCCCGAGGAGACUCUGAAGAAGCUCGACGAGCACCACUUGUCCCUUUCUCAAGCCCUCGUUAUCGAGCGACGCGGUCGUCCUUGGAAAGGUCCUCUGGUUCGCAUUCCAUCAUCGUCGAGCAUCAAGGCAUCCAAGUUGUUCCAUCACCAUCACAAAUCCGAAGAAGCCCAGGAGGCCGCCCAUGAACAACACGCCACCAUCGGUGGUGACGUACUAGUUCAGCAACAACAAGAACAUCACGACAGCGACGACAACAACAACGCUUCCGAUUCACCACACAGCAACACAGAAAUGGACACUAACAAAUACCGAUUACCUGAUCAUGUCAACGGCAACGGCGUCAAGGCACAACGAGACACCCGAUACGAGCACAUAGCCCGCGAUUCACGCCGAAGCUCAUCAGGGUCCUCUGAUGAUGUGCCGCUCCCGCCUCCAUCAAAGGAUAACUCCUCGCAAUCACACCAUCGCGGCACCUCCAACAGCUCCUCCAACAAUGGCGACUACUUCAACCCGGACAACAUCUCGUUCAACCCUCUCGGCCUUUCACGCCCUCAAUCCGUUUAUACCUUAUCUCGCGCCUCCUUCGCUAACCAGCUGGCUCAACUAACAUCCAUUACUCUUCCCGAUGCCGAGCUUCUCUCCAAUAAGAUUGCCGCUAUCCCCACCGCGCAAGUAGCCACAAGGGCGCUUAUCGGCGCUGCAGAGCAGAUCCGAGGAUGGAUCUUCAAGGCGUCCGAGGUGAUUGAGGGGCUCGAGGCAGACGAUGACGUGGAGUGGGCGGCCGCUGGCGGACGCGAAGGAGUAGACGAAGUUGAGAAGGCCAUCGUCAGAUUCGAAGAGCUGAUCAACAUCUACGUCGGAGCCAUCGAGGAGCUGCAGGAGCGCGAAGACAUCAACAUAGUUUCGACGGAGGAUUUGCGCCGGGCGGUGGCGCAGAUGGAGAGCAUCCUCGGCGAGUGGGCGCGGAUCAGAGAGACACUGAGAUCCGUCAAGUCGCAGGUAGAGCUGGCCAUGGAGUGGGAGGAGCUAUGGAACAUCGUUCUGGGCGAUAUCCAGAUGGAGGUGGACGACUUGAGCAAGUUGGUGUUCGAGAUGGAGGAGAGGAGGCAUAAGACGGCUAUGUUGGCGGGGGAUGGAGUGGAUAUUGGUGAUUUGGAGACCAUUGUCGAAGAGGCGCCGACGUCCAUGGCGAGCAGGCUGCAGGCAGCUAAUGCGCAUGGCAACGGGAGGUUUAGCUUUCCUGGAUUUCCGAAUAGCCCGACGUCGCCGCUACCGACACCGUCAACGGGCAUCUCCAUGGACGAUUCGAGCCUGCUGGCGCUGUUUGCUCGGAUGCAGCCGCUUAGGGCGUCUUUGGAUUUUCUGCCCAUGAGACUGGCUGGCUUCCAGUCGAGGGCAGAGGACAUCUUCCCUACUGCUUCUGACGAGCUGGAAAUGCGGAGGCACAGUCUCGAGGCUACGUACAGGAAGCUGGAGAGGGAUGCCGAGGCUCUGAGGAAGGAGCUGGGCGAGGAUCGAUGGGUGUUGGUAUUCAGGGGCGCUGGCCGACAGGCGCAAAAAAUGUACGAGUCCGUACAAAGGAGCUUGGAGAGGGUGAAGGAGGCGUUCGACACGGGAAUGCACUUGACGAACCAGCCUAUGAUGAGCAAGAAGCUGGAAAGUUACGAGGCUAAGAAGACUCAUUACGGGCCUGCUAUCGAGAGGGUUCUGUCGAUUAUCGAGAAGGGCGUGAAGGAUCGGUUGACGGUCAAUGGAGAGAUUCUGCGCUUGCAUACCGAGAUGCAGGCCAAGUGGAAGGAUCUGAAGGAAGAGAUGGUUGACGUAGAUGUGGUCGUGGAGGAGCUCUACUCCAAGGGACAGCAACUUCGGGAUUCUGUCUCGAGCAUCUUGUCCAACGACAGGUCUCCAUUGGGUAGUGGCCAUGAGACUCCUCAGAGCUCACCACCUUCGUCUGUCAUCAUGACUGGGCGAAACGCUCCUCCUAGUGCGAGGUCCAAGUCUCGACAGGCGGGUACUCCUGGCAGCUCGCUUCCAAAACCUCCUGCCUCUCGCCGGCAGUCAACCGUCCCAGCUUCGGCCUCGACCGUCACCCGCAAACCCGCACCGUCCAAUCCCAGGAUGUCCACCAUCUUUUCCAGUACCCCGGUAAAGACGGACUAUCGCGAAAGACCAGGCACAACUACUCCUUCCACCUCUCGCCCUGCCGCCCAACAACCCCCUCGCCCAUCCUCCAAGCUCGACAACCGUCCUCGUUGGAACGCUACCUUUAACCCAUCCGAUGUCGACACAGGUCACAACUUCAAACCUUUGACCCUAACCACGCCUUCUCCUUACGCCAAGUCCAAUACUCCUCCCACUCUCCGAUCUACUUCUUCCCUAGGACAGUCCUCCACUUCCAAGCUACCGCAAACCCGCUCUCCUCUGAACCGCGGCAUCACCGCCUCUCCCACCGUCGGCGACAGCUCAGGCCUUCAAAGUCCCACCAUCAAACGAGCGAAUGCCACGGCGAGCAAAAUGUCCUUCCGUGACCGCAUCUCUUCUCCCGGUCCUUACUCUCAGCAAACCCUCUCCAAGUCCGUCGGCCCCAGCGCCACCAGGCCGGCCGCCACCCCGCGCCAGUCCAAGACUUCUCACUCAUACUACCCUCCUUCAUCCUCCAACACUUCUUUGCAUUCCUCCGGCGGUGGUCGCGACCGCGAACCUCCUACCGGGUCAGGUACCUCCAACAUGCGCAACAACCCCAAGCGCCAGUCCCUCCAACCACCUCGCAUGUCUGAGCCAAGUCUGCAAGUACGACCAGCUAGUUCCAUGGCUACUUCGCGCAGCGGUAAUAGGCAAAGUAUGCUUCCGCAGCCGACUUCUCGCUUGGGAAUGAGGGCUACUACCCCUGGUCCUGGCACCACUACGGGGAGGGAGAGUCCGCAGGCGGUUGCCGGGGCGAGACAUGCUAUGGGGUUGAGCAACGGGAGAGAUACUGCUGCUGGGAGGCGGAGUGGAAGUUCGCUGGGAUUGGCGAGUAGGAGUGGGAGUUCACUGGGGAUGAAUGGAGGUGCGGUGGGCAAGGAUGGGCGGCCUAGGUGGAGGCUUCCUUAG